UCAACAUAUAAGGAACACAAAUAGUGUAGGAAGAAGAUUAUAAACUAUGGAAAUAGUAGAAGAGAGAGGUUCAAUUGAACAUCUUCUUGAAAGCCUUCCAAGAGAGAAAGAUUGGGUGAGUAAUGGUAAUGGUUUCAUUCUAUACGAUGGUUUUUGGAUGCCUCCUAAGUUUCUCCCUCGAGUGUUGUCUUUCCAGCAUCACUACAAAGCCGAGCCAAGUGAUAUCUUUUUAAUAACACUCCCCAAAUGUGGCACAACCUGGCUCAAGGCCCUUGUCUUCUCCAUUGUGAACCGCCACCGUUUCUCUUUGUCCGAUAGCCCUUUGCUCCGACAAAACCCCCAUGCCGUCGUAAGGUCCUUUGAGUCCGACCUCGACUUGCAAGACCCAAAAUCCUAUCUUGAAGGUCUCCCUCGUCCCCGGAUCAUAUCCACCCACCUUCCCUAUCACGCCCUACCUCCAUCCGUAAGAACCUCUGGCUGUAAGAUUGUCAGCAUUGUCCGUGACCCACGUGAUCAGUUUGUUUCGUCUUGGAAAUUCACUGAUAAGGUCUGUCACGAUUACACUACCAUUCGUCCAAUUGAGGAGUGCUUUGACUUGUUCUGCCGUGGAGUUCAUAACUCAGGACCAUUUUGGGACUAUUUCCUUGGUUCUUGGAAUGCCAGCCUAGAGAGGCCAGACGAGGUGUUUGUCACGAGGUACGAGGAAAUGAAAGUGUCUCCGGUUUCUGAGACGAAGAAGCUGGCGACUUUCUUAGGUUUACCAUUCACGGAAGAAGAAGAUAGAGAAAGGGUGGCGGAGGAGAUAGUGAAGUUGUGUAGCUUUGACAAUUUGAAGGGCUUAGAGGUUAACAAACAAGGGCGCCGUCCUGUUGGGGUUCCCCAUGAGGCUUUCUUUAGGAAAGGAGAAGUGGGCAAUUGGACUGAUUACUUAACUUCUUCCAUGGCCGAUCGCUUGCAAAAGAUCAUGGACGACAAGUUUGCCAACUCCGACUUGUUGACAUUUUAUCAUCCAACAAACAGUAAUAAUGAGGAUUGCGCAUAAUUAUUAUUUUGUAUUUGUAAGUUCUAAGUGUCAGUUAUUUUACUAUCUAUCAAAUAAAAUUGAGGAACCAAAAUCUCUCCGUUAUACUGGUCAUUGAAAUAUGACCAGCAGUUCGAUGGUGUAGUUUCGGCCUAGUUAAUUGUGUUUGUAUGCUUUUUUAUUAUAUAAAAUAACCUCUCUUUGAAUCA